AUGAGUUCAGACCAAGUGAUGAGCAAGAACUGCCAUGCAUGGGCAGCAAGAGACGAUUCAGGGCUUCUCUCUCCUUAUGAAUUUGAACGCAGAGUGGUCGGAAGCAACGACGUGUCAGUGAAAAUUACUCAUUGUGGCGUUUGCUAUGCGGACGUGGCUUAUACCCGCAACAAGCGAAAGAACUCUGUUUACCCUUUGGUUCCCGGGCAUGAGAUUGUGGGGAUUGUGCAAGAAGUGGGUGACAACGUUAGCAGUUUCAAGGUUGGAGACCAUGCGGGUGUCGGAACCUAUCUUGACUCAUGUAGACAUUGUGAGUACUGUGAUGAUGGACAAGAAGUUUAUUGCUCAAAGGGAAUUACAGUGACAAUUAACGGCACUUAUGAGGAUGGUACCCGCACACGGGGAGGAUAUUCGAGCUUCAUAGUUGUCAACGAGAGGUAUUGCUACAAGUUACCUGAAAAGUAUCCAUUAGCUCUGGCAGCACCUUUACUGUGUGCUGGAAUCACAGUCUACAGUCCGAUGAUCAAACACAAAAUGAAUCAACCCGGGAAAUCAGUAGGCGUGAUUGGACUUGGUGGCCUCGGUCAUAUGGCUGUGAAGCUCGCUAAGGCUUUCGGACUGAAUGUCACCGUUUUCAGCACAAGUAUGUCCAAGAAAAAUGACGCCCUCAACUUGUUAAAAGCAGAUAAAUUUGUGCUCUCAUCUGACAAGGAACAAAUGGCUGCUAUGGCUAAAUCACUGGACUUUAUCAUUGACGCGGCAUCCGGAGACCAUCCACUUGAUCUGUACAUGUCAUUACUUAAGACAGGAGGAGUUUUAGCUUUGGUAGGCGUUCCGUGCGAGGAAACAAAACUCAAUCCACUUAGCCUUCUCAUGGGUAUGAGGAGCAUUUCUGGAAGUGUAGUAGGUGGUGUAAAGCGAACGCAAGAGAUGAUCGAUUUUUGUGCUGAGCAUGAAAUUUAUCCAGAGAUCGAAGUAAUUCCAAUCCAAUAUGCAAACGAAGCUCUUGAGAGGCUCCAAAAGAGUGAUGUGAAGUACCGUUUCGUGAUAGACAUCGAGAACUCCUUAAAGUAA